GCCGCCCCUCGGCACCCCGUCCCCGCCCCCGGCCCGCGGCCCCGCUGCCUGCCCCGCCCGCUGGCCCGCGGGGCCGCCCUCCUAUCCCGCCGUCUGUCAGGUGCGAGGGGAACGGGGCGGAGGUGUCUGACACUGCUCUCCCACCACUGCUCUCCAAAAUGGCGAACUUCACACCAGUCAAUGGCAGCUCGGGCAACCAGUCUGUGCGCCUGCUCACAUCAACCCAUAACCGCUAUGAGACAGUGGAGAUGGUUUUCAUCGCCACGGUGACAGGCUCGCUGAGCCUGGUGACUGUCGUGGGCAACAUCCUGGUGAUGCUCUCCAUCAAGGUCAACAGACAGCUGCAGACAGUCAACAACUACUUCCUCUUCAGCCUGGCCUGUGCGGAUCUCAUCAUAGGCGCUUUCUCCAUGAACCUCUACACCGUGUACAUCAUCAAGGGCUACUGGCCCCUGGGCGCCGUGGUCUGUGACCUGUGGCUGGCCCUAGACUAUGUGGUGAGCAAUGCCUCUGUCAUGAACCUUCUCAUUAUCAGCUUUGACCGGUACUUCUGCGUCACCAAGCCCCUCACCUACCCAGCCCGGCGCACCACCAAGAUGGCAGGCCUCAUGAUUGCUGCCGCCUGGGUCCUGUCUUUUGUGCUCUGGGCGCCUGCCAUCUUGUUCUGGCAGUUUGUGGUGGGCAAGCGGACGGUGCCGGACAAUCAGUGCUUCAUCCAGUUCCUGUCCAACCCGGCAGUGACCUUCGGCACAGCCAUCGCGGCCUUCUACUUGCCCGUGGUCAUCAUGACGGUGCUCUACAUUCACAUAUCCCUGGCCAGCCGCAGCCGAGUUCACAAGCACCGGCCCGAAGGAGCUAAGGACAAGAAGGCCAAGACUCUGGCCUUCCUCAGGAGCCCCCUGAUGAAACAGAGUGCCAAGAAGCCCCCACCAGGAGAAGCUGCUCGAGAGGAGCUGCGCAACGGGAAGCUAGAGGAGGCGCCUCCACCAGUCCUGCCUCCCCCGCCACGCCUGAUGGCUGACAAGGACACUUCCAAUGAGUCCAGCUCGGGGAGUGCCACCCAGAACACCAAGGAACGACCACCCACAGAGCUGUCGACCACAGAGGCCACCACACCUGCCACGCCCGCCCGUCCCCUACAGCCUCGGGCCCUCAACCCAGCCUCCAAAUGGUCCAAGAUCCAGAUUGUGACGAAGCAGACAGGCAACGAGUGUGUGACAGCCAUUGAGAUUGUGCCUGCCACACCAGCUGGCAUGCGUCCGGCAGCCAACGUGGCCCGCAAAUUUGCCAGCAUUGCCCGCAACCAGGUGCGAAAGAAGCGGCAGAUGGCAGCCCGGGAACGCAAGGUGACACGGACCAUCUUUGCCAUUCUGUUGGCCUUCAUCAUCACCUGGACGCCCUACAACGUCAUGGUCCUGGUGAACACCUUCUGCCAGAGCUGCAUCCCCGACACAGUGUGGUCCAUCGGCUACUGGCUCUGCUACGUCAACAGCACCAUCAACCCUGCCUGUUAUGCCCUCUGCAAUGCCACUUUUAAAAAGACAUUUAGGCACCUGCUGCUAUGCCAGUAUCGGAACAUUGGCACUGCCAGGUAGGCAGGCAGGGGUGGCACAGGAGGUGCUGCUGGUCGCAUGUGUGUGCUGGGGGACCACAUGGCUCAGCUUCUGUGGGGCAAGAUUUCAAGGCACCUCUCCAUGUUCAUGUUUGCUGAAGAGAACCGAGGUCUCCAAGACCCUGCGAGGCUCAGGAAGAGGCUCUGGAUUUAGAGAGACCAGCUCUCUGCUCGGGCUGAGAAGGGUCAGCCCUAGGAAGUGUCAGAAUUGGAACUGCCAGGCCUAUCUCUGUUGCCCUGCCUUAGGGAGCUGGGGUCACUGGCCUAGGUGGGCACCUGCCCCCCUGACCAACCAGCAUAGCUGAAAGAAUGGACAUCUGGAAGGGAGCAGAAGCCCAGGACCCUCUUGGGAGGAGCAGAGGCCAAUGCUUGGGAGAGGCUCGGUAAGGGAAUGGAAGAGUAGAGUCCCCCAUUCUGUUGUGAUCGGUGCUUUCUGCCCCCCUGCACCCCGCAUGUAGGCUCAGCCCCCUCCUCCCAAAUCCCACUCUAGGGGUAGAAAUCUCCCCUUGCUGCAGCUGCUCAGCCAGGUUCUGGUGGGAUGGAUGGGUGGGCUGGCUGGAGGUCAGGCAAAGUGGGCUCUGAGGCACCCCCCAGCCCCCCCCCCCCCACACACACACAGUCAAGUCCAGGAUCGGCCAGCUGGGAGGUCAGGGUCUCACUCACCAUCCUGUGGCCCCAGCUUGAGCAGGGAGUGGUUCGCAGGAUUCUGACUCCUCCCACCUCCCCAAGGAGGGCUUAUCCCAGGUCACCAACAUGAAGGUGGGGCUGUGGUGGGCAGUGUUCCCCGCUGGCCUCUGCAGAGUUCGAGGGAGGCCUGGGUCACCACAGAGAGAAUAGGGAUGGACUUUACCCACACAAGCUCCAGUGCCAAUAGAGGCCUAGAUUGUAAGGCUUGCAAGCAACCCCCAUCUCUACUCUCCUAAUGGAUAGAACCUUCCUGAUUGGUAGAACCAAAAGACCUUUGCCUGGGUGAGGCUGAGAUGGGAGUGUCAGCUCUCCGUGAGUCUUCCGGGUUGGUUCCCUCCCCCAGCCCUGGUGUGCCCCAGGAGAAACAAGGACUGAAAGGCUCAGGGGACUUGACGGGGACACCCUUUCAUGGGAGCCGAGGGCCCUGGGAUACAUUUUCAGAACCAUUUUGCUUUUUCUGUGUGCUCUUUCCAUGAGCUCUGUGGAGCACCAGGCCCCCAAGAAAGCUACUGUUCUCUCCAGCCUUUUCUUCCCUCCACACUCUCCCAUCCCCAACAAAUUACCACAGCAAACUCCCCAGGAAGGGGCUU